CAUGUUGAUCAUUUUGUUGCUGGUAACUUUUUUUGCUGUCGCCACGGCUUACCAAUGGAGAAAGUGUCAGCGGCUCCCAAAAGGACCUACUCCACUGCCACUCAUUGGGAAUUUCCAUCAGUUCAUCUACUAUGGAAUCAAGUUAGGAAGCGCCGUGGCGGUAUACCAUGAAUUUGAGAAAACAUAUGGAAAAGUGUUCACUAUAUGGAUGGGUCCACUUCCAUCGGUCUACAUUUCUGAUUAUGACGUGGCACACGAAAGUCACAUCAAGAGAGCCAACAUUUUCAGCACAAGAUUUGCACAUGGAACUACAAAUUAUAUUAGAGAGGGGCGAGGGAUCAUUGCUGCAAACGGAGAUUUUUGGCAAGAUCAUCGAAGAUUCGCACUGACCACCCUGAGAAACUUUGGUUUGGGAAGGAACUUGAUGGAGGAAAAGAUUAUGGAGGAGUAUAAUUACCGAAUCUCCGACUACAAGAGAACACAUUUGAAAAACGGAGCCAUUGAAAUCCACGCUGGAACAUUUUUCGAUCUUCUUGUCGGCUCUAUCAUCAAUCAGCUACUUAUUUCUGAACGAUUUGAGCAGGGAGAUCAAGAAUUUGAAAAAAUCAAAACUAGCUUGGCAUUGUCUCUGGAAAAUUUCGGUAUCAUUGACAUCUUCUUUCCAACUGCAAUUUUGGAUUCUCCUUUGAUGAAGUGGCGACAGAAGAAGAUUUUCGAACCUUUUGAUUUUAUAUAUGAAGUUAGCAAAAGAAAUCUCACAAAACGAAUGGAAGCAGUAAAAAGCGGCGAUCAUGUUAUUGAGGAUGGUGGAAGAGAUUUUGUGGACGCUUAUAUUCUUAAAAUUCAAAAAGAUGAAAACAGCGGUGCACCUUCUACUUUUAAUCUGGAAACAAUGAUAAUCGACGUAUUCGAUCUAUGGCAGGCUGGCCAAGAAACAACAUCAACGACACUGACGUGGGCAUUCUGUUGCCUACUGAACCAUCCAAAUGUGGUGAAGAAGUUGAGAGCUGAACUGAUGAAGUUGACUGGAGGCAAUAGACAUGUUGGAUUGAAUGAUAGAGCAGAUACCCCAUACUUAAAUGCAGUUUGUAAUGAAGUGCAACGCAUUGCUUCAAUUCUCAACAUCAAUCUUUUCCGAAAAAUCGAACAGGAUACAGAAAUCGCUGGCCAGCCACUUGCUUCUGGUUGCGUUGUCACAACUCAAAUGUCAAUGCUUCAUACGGAUGUAGAAGUUUACAAAAAUCCAACUGAAUUCAGACCGGAAAGAUUCCUCGAAAAUAACACUUUGGAGAAGAAGUUGAUUCCGUUCGGAAUUGGCAAACGAUCCUGUCCCGGAGAGUCAUUGGCUAGAGCUGAGCUGUAUUUGAUCCUGUCAAAUGUGAUCCUGGACGUUGAAAUCGAGGCAGUCGGAUCGAUUCCAAAAAUUUUAACGAGCAAUCCAUUUGGGCUACUGAGAAGACCGCCGAGUUACGACAUCAGAUUCAAGCCUUUGAAAGUUUGAAUCUUUAAUAAUUAAAUGAAUAAUUAAUUGGGAGAAACAUGUACAUAAAUAAAAUUUCCAUUAAACAAUG